AACAUAGAGAGACAGAGAGAGCUCUGAAAUGAGUUGUUCUUUGAGCUUCCCAACUCCUAGAGCAUCCCCUCUCUGCUUCUCAUCACAUUUCAGACAGUCUUCUCUCUCCAUCACACACCAACCCAAUGACAAGAAGAAACCCAAGCAGGUACUAUGUUGCAUUUGCGAAAAGCCGGUUAACUCUUCAAACCUCCAUAAAUCUGGUUUAGCAGUCCAAAUUGGAGCUCUUUUGGCCACUAUCGACCAACCGGCAUUUGCAGUAACUGGCGUCAAUAAUGAGGAAGAUCUUACAUGGAAACUAAUACAAAUAGGAAUAAUUGCAUUUUGGUACUUCCUCAUCAUGCCGCCAAUCAUCAUGAAUUGGCUUCGGCUCAGAUGGUACAAGCGCAACCUCUUAGAGAUGUAUGUGCAGUUCUUGUUUGUCUUCAUGUUCUUUCCAGGCGUGCUGCUUUGGGCACCAUUUAUCAAUUUCAGGCGACUCCCACAAGAUCCAUCCAUGAAGUACCCUUGGUCUACCCCUCAAGACACUUCAUUUAAUGAUCCAAAAUCACUGUGAGGAAAAAUUGAACUACUUAACCUGAGCAGCAUUUCACUGUACAAUAUGACAUAUAUAGAAGGUCCUGAAAUUAUCUGUAAUGGUAUUUUGAGUAUUUUUUGCAUCUUGUAUAUAUAAUUGAUCUGUUACUGAACAC